GCAUCACAUGCUACGAGCUUUGACCUAGUGGGUGGUAUUCAAUAUGGCGGCCGGAUAGACCUGUCGAAACCAGCUCCCUGAAGCUGAUCUUGAGAGGGUGAGAAAUGCUUUCUGAGAUAAACCGUUCAACAUGCAACGUAAUGAUGAAGCAAAGUUGUUGUCAACAACACCAAUAACAGCAGGGUCAACAGCAGCAACAGGAUCAACAACAUCAACGGAGGCAAAAGGGUCAACCACACAAUCAACAGUGACAGCCUCAGCCCCAUCAACAGCAACUAUUACUCAAACAGUAACAGACGAGGCUAACUUGCCCCAAGAUGACCCGACAACAGCUCAUGGCUCCCCUGAACCCCGUAUUAGCGUCAAAGGAACAGACGGCCAAGGGACGACUGGCCAAUCAGUUGCAUCUGGGGUGGUACAUGGACAGCAUAUUACCCAAGGAAACACGUACAAUAUUACCGUUCAUCUUUAUGGCGCGUCCGGCGAGGGUAUGUCCCAAAAGGAUCAACCUGGUCCCAUCAGCUUUAUAAUUAACAUGGAUGGGUCAGGGAAACUACAGGACAUUCAAGCUAGGGAAACUGCCACAACACAUAAAGACAAACCAGCCUAUGAAUCAAUUUGGAGCUUCAUUACCAAGCCAGUGAACUAUGCACUUCAUUUUACGUCUUCUCUCUGUUCAGCACUGUAUACAUUACACGCCUCCGUUGUGGCUCGCUUCAACGGUCGGUUUCAAGGAGCCCGCCCCGGAAGCUUGAUAUUUGUGUUCCAGCAUGACACCUGGGAAGAAGCGGAGGAGAUGAUGAGACACAAGAAAGAUGUCACAGAUGUCAUUGUACAGUUUCUCCAGGACAUAAACUAUGGGUUAGAACUACUCGAGUGCGAUGUUCAAAUUAAAGCACUCAAACAGGCAGCAGAGGACUUACUUGAUAAAGAAACACCUCUGGAAUCAUACCAUGGAACACUUGACCAAGCAUGUGUCAACAAACGACAGCAUGAUCAACAUGUGGAGAGUCUGAACCAAAGAAUAGUCACACUGGAACAAGAACUGGCCUUGACCAAUGAAAAGCUUGAAAAAAUGAAAAAUGCACAACUUGCAGAAACCCGGAUGUUCCUGUGGAUGAGACCGGCAUCUCCUUCAUUGACUGAUACUAGCGGGCACUAUUCUGGUGACCAGGAGUCCGUUUCAGAAGACACACCCAGAGCAGAGGGGAAACAAUGGCGACAGGAAGGAGGCCAGCCGCCGCACCUGACUUCCAAGCGGGAGAUGGAGGAGGGAAACAUGAAGCUGAUCCACGUGGACCGGAACAACAUGCUGAGUGAAGCCUGUCGAGAAGGGAAGCUGGGCAUAGUGAAGAACAUCAUUGCCACGGGGUCUGUGGACAUAAAUACCAGGAGCGAGGGUGGCUGGACACCUGUGUUGACUGCAGCAGAUAUAGGUUAUAGGGGCAUAUUUGAUGUGUUAGUGAGAGAGGGAUGUAAUUUAUCUGCUGUACUAGACAAUGGCAACAAUAUUCUUCACGUCGCUUGUUUUGGGGGCAAUUUUGACAUCACUAAAUAUCUGGUCUCACAUCGUGUAGUCAGUCUGGAGAGUAAAGGAAUGUGUGGUAGAACGGCUGUGAUGGAAGCGGCAAAUGCAGGACACAAAAGUGUGUUUGAUCUACUGGUGAGUGCAGGGUGUAACUUGUCAGUUGUGGAUGAUGAUGGUAACAACAUCCUACAUACUGCAUCUUUUGGUGGCAAUGAACGGAUUGUUGACUAUCUCAUCUCACAUGACAUAGCUGACAUAGAGAGCAGAGGUCAGUAUGGGAGAACUGCUGUCAUGUUGGCAGCAGCUGAUGGUCAGACGAAAGUAUUUGAUCUCCUGGUGAGUAAAGGGUGUAACCUGUCAGUAGUGGAUGCUGAUGGUAACAACAUCCUACAUGCUGCAUGGAUCCGUGACAGUGAACGGAUUGUUGACUAUCUCAUCUCACAUGACAUAGCUGACAUUGAGAGCAGAGGAUGGUGUUGGAGAACUUCUGUCAUGUUGGCAGCAGCUGCUGGUCAGGAGAAGAUUUUCAAUCUACUAGUGAGUAAAGGAUGUAAACUGUCAGUUGUGGAUGAUAAUGGUGACAACAUCCUACAUGUUGCAUGUCUCAGUGAAAGUGUACAGAUUGUUGACUAUCUCAUCUCACAUGACAUAGCUGACAUUGAGAGCAGAGGAAAGUGGGGGAGAACUCCUGUCAUGGUGGCAGCAGCUGAUGGUCAGGAGAAGGUUUUUAAUCUACUGGUGAGUAAAGGGUGUAACCUGUCAGUUGUGGAUGAUGAAGGUAGCAACAUCCAAAAUGUUGCAUGUCUCGGUGACAAUGUACAGAUUGUUGACUAUCUCAUCUCACAUGACAUGGCUGACAUAGAGAGCAGAGGAGGGUGGGGGAGAACUCCUGUCAUGGAUGCAGCAGCUGAUGGUCAGAAGAAUGUAUUUGACCUCCUGGUGAGUAGAGGGUGUAACCUGUCAGUAGUGGAUGAUAAAGGUGACAACAUCCUACAUGCUGCAUGUCUCAGUGACAAUGUACAGAUUGUUGACUAUCUCAUCUCACAUGACAUAGCUGACAUUGAGAGCAGAGGCAGGUAUGGGGGAACAGCUGUCAUGAAGGCAGCAACUGAUGGUAACAAGAAGGUUUUUGAUCUUCUGGUGAGUAAAGGGUGUAACCUGUCAGUAGUGGAUGAUGAAGGUAACAACAUCCUACAUGUUGCAUGUCUCAGUGACAAUGUACAGAUUGUUGACUAUCUCAUCUCACAUCACAUAGCUGACAUAGAGAGCAGAGGAAGGUGGGGGAGAACUGCUGUCAUGACGGCAGCAGUUAAUGGAAUGAAGAAGGUUUUCGAUCUUCUAGUGAGUAAAGGAUGUAAACUGUCAGUUGUGGAUGAUAAAGGUGACAACAUCCUACAUGUUGCAUGUCUCCGUGACAAUGUACAGAUUGUUGACUAUCUCAUCUCACAUGACAGAGCUGACAAAGAGAGCAGAGGUCAGUAUGGAAGAACUGCUGUCAUGGUGGCAGCAGUUAAUGGAAUGAAGAAGGUUUUCGAUCUUCUAGUGAGUAAAGGAUGUAAACUGUCAGUUGUGGAUGAUGAAGGUAACAACAUCCUACAUGUUGCAUGUCUCAGUGACAAUGUACAGAUUGUUGACUAUCUCAUCUCACAUGACAAAGCCGACAUAGAGAGCAGAGGUCUGUAUGGGGAAACUGCUGUUAUGAAAGCAGCAACUAGAGGUCAUCAGAAGGUUUUUGAUCUUCUUGUGGGUAAAGGGUGUAACCUGUCAGUAGUGGAUGAUCGAGGUAACAACAUCCUACAUGUUGCAUGUCUCAGUGACAAUGUACAGAUUGUUGACUAUCUCAUCUCACAUGACAUAGCUGACUUUGAGAGCAGAGGAAAGUGGGGGAGAACUGCUGUCAUGGUGGCAGCAGCUGCUGGUAACAAGAAGGUUUUGGAUCUUCUGGUGAGUAAAGGGUGUAACCUGUCAGUUGUGGAUGAUAAAGGUAACAACAUCCUACAUGUUGCAUGUCUCAGUGGCAAUGAACAGAUUGUUGACUAUCUCAUCUCACAUGACAGAGCUGACAUAGAGAGCAGAGGUCAGUAUGGGAGAACUGCUGUCAUGGUGGCAGCAGUUAAUGGAAAGGAGAAGGUUUUCAAUCUACUGGUGAGUAAAGGGUGUAACAUGUCAGUUGUGGAUGAUGAUGGUGACAACAUCCUACAUGUUGCAUGUCUCAGUGACAAUGUACAGAUUGUUGACUAUCUCAUCUCACAUGACAGAGCUGACAUAGAGAGCAGAGGAAGGUGGGGGAGAACUGCUCUCAUGGUGGCAGCAGUUAAUGGAAAGGAGAAGGUUUUCAAUCUACUGGUGAGUAAAGGGUGUAACAUGUCAGUUGUGGAUGAUGAUGGUGACAACAUCCUACAUGUUGCAUGUGUCAGUGACAAUGUACAGAUUGUUGACUAUCUCAUCUCACAUGACAUGGCUGACAUAGAGAGCAGAGGAGGGUGGGGGAGAACUGCUGUCAUGGUGGCAGCAGCUGAUGGUCAGAAGAAGAAUUUCGAUCUGCUUGUGAGUAAAGGUUGUAACCUGUCAGUAGUGGAUGAUAAUGGUGGUAACAUCCUACAUGCUGCAUGUCUCAGUGACAAUGUACAGAUUGUUGACUAUCUCAUCUCACAUGACAUAGCUGACAAAGAGAGCAGAGGUAAGUAUGGGAGAACUGCUGUCAUGACGGCAGCAGCUAAUGGUAAGAAGAAGGUUUGGGAUCUUCUGGUGAGUCAAGGAUGUAACCUGUCAGAAGUAGAUGAUGAAGGUAACAACAUCUCACAUCUUUCCUGCCUUGGGGGUAGUGUAGACAUAGUUCGCCAGCUCCUCGUAGUGCCAUCAGUGGACGUGUCCAGUACAAACAUCUACGGCCAGACUCCUGUACAGGUGGCACGGGAUUUCCAGCAAGACGAUGUUGUCAGAUUGUUGUCUUCACGGGGAUACACAUGA